AUGGCGAGCGCAACCAUAACAACAACGGCUCCACGCCCGCAGGAACCUGCUAAGAAAGAGAAGCCUUCGGCGCUCCGAUCCAUUCUUGCUGGUAGCGUGGCAGGCGCAGUGGAAAUUUCCAUAACCUAUCCUGCCGACUUCGCCAAAACCCGUACCCAGUUGAAUUCGAGAUUAGGUUCUGCGCAGAAGCUACCCUGGCCGCCGUUCGGUCCUCAGUGGUAUGUUGGAUGUACCACAUCUAUCAUUGGAAACAGUAUCAAGGCAGGAGUUCGGUUCGUUGCAUUCGAUCAAUACAGGAGUUUGCUUGCUAGCAGCGAUGGGACGGUCAGCGGACCCAUGACGGUAGUCGCAGGGUUUUUGGCGGGUGCAACGGAGUCUCUAGUCGCUGUGACGCCAUUCGAAGCGAUCAAAACACAGCUGAUCGAUGACAAGAAGAGCGCGCAACCGCGGAUGAAGGGUUUCUUGCACGGCUCAGGGCUCAUUUUCCGUGAGCAAGGUGUCAAGGGUUUCUUCAAGGGCUUCGUACCGACGACAGCAAGACAAGCGGCGAAUUCCGCUGUGCGUUUCAGUGCAUACACGAGCUUGAGGCAAGCAGCACAGAGUUACACGUCUCCUGGUGAGAAGCUCGGCACGUUGAGCACAUUUGCGAUCGGCGGUGCUGCAGGCAUCAUCACUGUGUAUGCGACCCAGCCGAUCGACACGGUCAAGACGAGAAUGCAAAGUAUCGAUGCCAAAAGCGCGUACAAAAACAGUGUGGACUGUGCUGUGAAGAUCGUUAGAGAAGAAGGCUUUUUCCGACUAUGGUCUGGUGCCGUUCCACGACUGGGCCGGUUGGUUCUCAGUGGUGGUAUUGUGUUUGCCAUGUACGAGAAAUCUAUGGAGCUGUUCGACCAACUUGACCCGCACAAGAAGUACAUUUGA